AUGGUGUCUGGCUGGCCUGCCACGCAAACAGCGCAAGCCGCCCAGUCUGCUCCCUAUGCCUAUUCACCGAAUCCUGCAUUCAUCCCUGUACAAAUUCGACAAGGGUUCUCACAAUAUAUUCCUGCUCCUCGCCCAAACCAGGCGGAGCCGUCCGCUCCCCCUGCAAUGUCACCACCCGCUGCCUCACCUCCCGAGACUCAUUCCAAGGCGAAGACUGAAUGGCCGGAUUCCGUUAGAAGAUAUGUCCAGCGAUCUUUCCUUCCCCAGAACGACGAUGCCUCAGUGACCCGCUCCGAGCUAGAGGCCAAACUUAAGGAGACUAUUGGAACAGCCAAGGAGAACGGCUCUAUGCAUUCGCUUGACUGGGAUAAGAUGCCACUGCCUCAAGUGCUGGUUAAAGCAGACCGAGCCGCAAAAUUAGGGAACCCACUGUAUAGCGUCGAAAAUACGAGAAAGCGAAAAUCCACCGAGUUCGCAAACGAAGCUGUCGCGAAAGCCCCAUGGAACACUGUUAAGGAUCGUAACUCACUGGAGAUUCGGACAUCGCCUGCAUAUGACAAACAAGGAGACAUGGACAACCGAACAAAGUCCAGUAAGUUCCAGAAGGACGCAAAUAAGCGCAAACGCCGCUUCGAGAACGAGUACAAUGCCGCGAAUAUUACACCAACGGAGAAUAUCAUAUCCUCGGGACCUAUCGUGGGCACCAGCGAGGUAUUGGAGAAGAGAUAUCUACGCCUAACUGCGCCUCCCAUCCCUUCCAACGUUCGCCCUGAACACAUUUUGCGUCAAACCUUGGAUUUGCUGAAGAAGAAGUGGAGGAAAGAGGGCAACUACUCUUAUGUGUGCGACCAGUUUAAAUCGAUGCGUCAAGAUUUGACUGUACAGCGCAUAAGAAACGACUUUACAGUUUCGGUCUACGAAAUCCACGCCAGAAUCGCGCUUGAGAAGGGGGAUAUCGGUGAGUAUAAUCAAUGUCAGACCCAGCUGCGUUCUCUAUACGAGCUGGGCCUGAAAGGAAACCCCAUGGAAUUCAAAGCGUACCGUAUUUUAUAUUUUAUUCACACAGCCAACCGGACUGGAUUGAACGACACGUUGGCCGAUCUAACCGCAGCAGAGAAGGAGGAGCCGCCGAUUAAGCACGCAUUGAGCGUGCGGUCGGCAUUGGCGUUGGGGAGUUAUCAUAAAUUCUUCCAACUAUACCUCGACACCCCCAACAUGGGAGCAUAUCUUAUGGAUAUGUUUGUGGUCCGAGAGCGCCUAUCAGCGCUAUGUAAUAUGUGCAGAGCGUACAAACCCGAUGUGAAGCUCCGCUUCAUCACUGAAGAGCUGGGUUUCGAAUCAGAUGCGGAUGCAGCCCAGUUCAUCAUUGACCAACAAGGUCAAGACUUGCUCGAAGAUCGUUCCGACAAUAUCGUCUUUUUGACAGGCAAGGCCGGAAACCUCUUUGAGGACUCCCGCGCCACAGCCUUCAAAAGAGUCGAUAUCAAGGGUCAGAUCUGA